AUGGCUGUUGGAACAACCGGCCCCACAUCUCAACGUCUGACCUCGUCUCGGUCAACAGAUAUCUCAGAGCACUGGCAUCUUCACCUCAAUAUUAACCACAAAUUUGAGACACAGGAGAAACAUAAAACAUUCACUGCUCCGCUAGUCGUGAACCGGUUUCUUGCAGUUGGGUCCGAGUCUGCUUCUACUGUUUGGGAGCGUCUGUUAGACAGAGAGGAUGGUUUGAGCCAGACAUAG